GCCUAACUUGUCUUUAGCGCUACGAUAUGGUUGUGUCAGCAUUAUAUAUUUUAGACAACAAAGGAAAAGUGCUCAUUCAUAGGAAUUAUCGUGGUGAUGUCGAAACUAGUGCCAUUGAAAAGUUUAUGCCUGUUGCAAUGGAGCGUGAAGAGGAAGGCAGUCUUAUUCCAGUUUUACAAUUAGGGGAAAUAACAUUCACUUAUGUUAAAUACAACUACUUGUAUUUGGUAUGCUUAACUCGCAAAAACGCCAAUGUAGCAAUGGUUCUUGCUUUUCUGUAUAAACUCGUCAGUGUAAGUUUCUUGGUUUUCUCAUCAACGCAGAUAUUUCUUGAAUAUUUUGGGGAAUUCGAAGAAGAGAGUAUUCGUGAUAACUUUGUUAUCACAUACGAACUGUUAGAUGAAAUUAUGGACUUUGGUUAUCCACAGACAACUGACACAAAAAUCCUUCAGGAAUAUAUUACACAAGAGAGCCACAAACUAGAAGUGGCUCCACGUCCUCCAGUUGCUGUUACAAAUGCUGUAUCCUGGCGCUCGGAAAAUGUAAAGUAUCGAAAAAAUGAAGUUUUCUUGGAUGUUGUUGAGUCUGUGAAUCUAUUAGUGAGCUCCACUGGCAACGUUUUGCGCAGCGAGAUUGUGGGGAGCAUAAAACUUCGUGUUUAUCUCUCUGGAAUGCCUGAGCUCCGCUUGGGAGUGAAUGAUAAAGUCAGAUUUGAAAACAUCGGACGCGAUAAAGGCAAAGCUGUAGAACUGGAAGAUGUGAAAUUCCAUCAAUGUGUUAGGCUGUCAAGAUUUGAAAAUGAUCGAACAAUCUCUUUUAUCCCUCCAGAUGGUGAAUUUGAACUUAUGUCUUACAGGCUCAACACCCAUGUUAAACCUCUGAUCUGGGUAGAAGCAAUAAUUGAGAAACAUGCACAUAGCCGUAUGGAGUAUAUGGUGAAGGUAAAUUCAUGCAUACUUUACUAUUUUGAUAUAUAUUCUAUAUUUGUUUCUUCAAAUGUUGGGGUCCAGGUACAUCCAGUCGAUGAGUCCCCAAACAGGACGAGACGCUCGCCCUGGAUUACAUGGCUAUUCACCAUCCAGCUCUACUUAAAAUACUUUAAAUUUUAUGUUUAAUAUUGACAGUGAUUAGUUUACAAGAUAGUUGUUUGAAGUCCCAGUUGACAUAUACGAACUAUCAAGACUCAGUAGGGAGUAUAAUAUUCACAAUACUAAGAAAUCGUUAGAUUGUAUUAUAAGUUCAUGAAAGUGGUAAGGUAUGCAUGGUCAGUACAGUGUUAAACUUUUACUUUCGACUAACUCUAGUUAGGUUGUUCAUAACAGCAAAUUCUCAAUUAGCACCUUAUUUUUUAAGUAACAAACUGUUCUUUAUAUGAGAUGAAGUUUUUGAUUGUUGGAAUAAAUAAAUACAAUGUGAACUAGUGUUUGGAUGCAGUCGACAGAAAACCCUGGACCCGGGUUUUGUGUUAUUCGACACUCGUCAGUAAGGUGUACAUGUAACCUUGAGGGAACUGAUGCUCCUUAGCGGAUUUGAUCCCGUCUAACUCAGCUUCACGAUCAGAGACGUUACUGUUAUGAUGGGCGGUGUCCUAAAUCUGAUACUGAUACACGAUGUGCUACGUGCUAACCCCCUACCUAACUGCUUGAGCGAGAAGACAAGAGUAGAUGAGAAAGUCUAUUGAGCUACCGAAUAAAAUGCACAAGUACUCAUUUAUUUACAUGCAACUCUACCCCUUAGGUAAUCAAUCCAUUUCUAGACACUUAUCCUUCAGGUCGCUUUUGUUUACCAAGGAUUGACCUCAUUAGCCUACUUAUAAUUUGCUAACCAUAUUAGUUAUCACUGAUUUAUCCGGGUCGCGACUGACCUGUAGGACAGAUGUAUUUACAAUUGAUUGAUCACUGGGUGGUGACCAAUGUCAUGUGUGUCAGGUCCUUCUUAGUGCAGAUCUCAGUCAUACAACAGGUCAGUCGCGGCCCAGAUAGACUGGUUGUAACAUCUCUGACUGAAGCUAAGUCCAAGGGGGUCGCAUCCACCAGUAAGCAUCAGUUCCCUCAAGAUUACAGGUACAUUUUGCUGACGAGUGCCAAAUAACACGAAACUUGGGUCCAGGGUUUCAUGUCGACUACAUCCAAUCACCACCUUACAUCUGAACAUAGUGCAUGCAAUUUCGUGUAACGUAUACUAGUAGUCACAUUUUAACUUGGUCGAUAGAAUUCGAUCUACAUUGAAAAGGACCUGACAGGUAUGGCAUUGUUCACUUUUAUUUAUUUAUUUGAAAAUAACCAUUGGUACAAAGAGGCACCAAAUACAUAUGCUCCACACAAUAACAAUGGGGUUGUCAAGAGAUAAUGUAAGGUGCGUAUAAUAAAAAGAAGAACAACAACAGACAAAAAUUAGUGUAUUAGAAUGAAAUAAUAAUAAUAAUGGGAGAAACAAUUCGGUUAGGAAAAAUACAAACAGAAAGAAUCCUUUCGUCCACUUUUGUGAAGAAAGUUACAGCAGGAUCGUCAUUGGCUUCUAUUCGGCUAACGUCUCUAAACACUAUGUUACACUAUAUCUAGGAUCCCAACCAGGGAGUCGUGAAGGACCAACAGAAGCCAAUCUUGUACAGCUUUCUCCUACACCACGUCACCACACACUGACCACCUCUCCGCUUUCUACAACCGGUCCCAGCGUCGGAUAAUAACGCACGACGUGGAAUUCUCUGAGACGACAUUCGUAAAACAUGUCCAAACCACCGAAGUCGAUGUUUCAAGAUAGCGACACCAAUCGAAUUAUCAUCUCUGUGUCCGAACAUAUGACGCUGAACCUCUGCAUUAUUAACAUGGUGUUGCUACGGGAUGUCAGCAAUCCUUCGGAGACAACGAUGCUCAAACACAGCCGUCUAACAUCAACUCGGAGAGGCUCGGUUUUACAAGCAUAGAGCAAAACUGCUCUCACCGACGCGUUGUAGGUCCAACCUUUUAUAACCAGAUUAACAUCACGAAGGCACCUUAGAUGGCCCAGAUUGGUAUAAGCCGUUCUGGUUUUCACUAUACGUGGAUUGAUUUCAUCACUCACGCCACCACCAGCGCUUACUCAGAUACACGAACUUCUCGACUUCUAUCUGCUAAAUACUCAGGGUAGGUGCAGAUUCUGGGUCCUGCCAGUCUUGUUAAAGUAUUUUGCACUUGGAAGGUGCAGGGUAUAUGCCAUACCUAAAGACACUGACUGCCAACUGAUUAAGUUCGGAUUGGAUGGCUUGGGUAUUAUCACACAGUAAGACAAUAUCAUCCGCAUACUCAAGGUCUAAAAGUCUUUCUCCAGGCAUCAGGUGCACACCACUAUUACCCACAUCCAUCAGAGCUGUUUCCAGAACGUCAUCGAUGACAAAGUUAAAGAGGAAUGGUGAGAUUAGGGAACUCUGUUUAACCCCAUCGCUUGAAUAGAACAGUGGAGAGAGGUGGUUAUAUGCCAUCACUCUGCUUGAGGUGUUAGUAUAUAGGGCUUUUAAGAUGUUAAUAAGCUUCUCAGGCACACCCUUUCACGAUAGACAAUCCCAGAGAACAGUCCUGUCUAACGAAUCGAAGGCGUCCCUAAUGUUAAGAAACAUGAUUGUUGGCCUGUAAUAAGUAUGAUAGUGUUCUAACAUUUGAUGAAGGUUGAAGAUAUGAUCAACACAUCCUUGGCCAGAACCGAAGCCAGUUUGCUCCUCGCGAGUCAAUCUUUCUCGGGUUUUGGACAAUCUACAAAGUAUGAUGGAAGCCAUUAGUUUAAACGCUAUCAGAAGUAGACUUAUCCCCCGAUAGUUGUUGCGAAAACGACGUGAAUCCUCUUUAAAGAUAGGAACAACUAUCUACUCAUUCCAUGAUGUUGGAACACUCUCUAAUUACCAUAUCUUUGUAAAUAACUCAGUCAGUUCCAUAACCAGAAAGUCGCCACCAUCUUUAAAAAUGUUAGGAGGUAAGUCAUCUGGGCCUGAUAAUUUGUGGCGCUUCAGAAGUUGAAGUUCCCUGCGGACUUCCACCUCGUUAAAGGGAUCAAUCUUCACUGACGAUGGAUGGCAGAACAGUCUGGUCAAUGUUGCUGGGCCAACAGACCAGUACAACUACUCCUCAAAAAACUUCACAUUGUUCAAGACGCCGGUAGAUGUUUAUUGAUCAGCAUCCCAUCAUCACAGAUUGUUUCACUCACCCAGCGAUCAAUCAAUUUUGCGAAUAGAAUAUUAGUUGGCAGAUGAAAGCAAUGGUAUAAUGUGGCCAAAUUUUAGUUUCCUUACGAGAUUGUAUCAUUGACUUAAGCCCUCAAAUGACUUGAAAUAAAAAAAAGAUUACUAGUCAGCUGAUUUUUAUAUGAACAAAAUAAGUAAUAAAAUGCCAUAGGCGAUUGGAGGAAUUUGAUUUGUAGGUCACUCAUUCUCAACUCUAUUAAGGCCUGGCUGUUAGGUCGAUUUUCAGGCACUGGGUCAAUGUGUUAGCCUAAUAGAUUCUUGGUUAAUACACACUUAAAAACCAUGAUCAUGCGAAAGCACAUUGAUUAGUUGAAAAUGGAUCAAUCAACACCAAUGGAUGGCUUUAGAAGACGCUAAACCCCUAUGUACAUCUUGUAUAAACGCUAACGUUUGUAAAAUAUAUUUUACUUUUCGGACUAGCUAUUCCCGUUCUUUUCCACUUUAUGUUCUGGUUCGGGAUUAGUUGAGUAAAGUAUUGUACCUAAAAAAAUGCUUUGUGAUGGUAACACAACGACACGCUAUCCGAAUAAAAUAGUAUUUUUGAAGUCAAAUAAGUCGACCAACAUUUCCAUAUUAGUCGUCGUUGUAAAGAAGGCUUUCGUCCAAUGAAGUAGCUAACUCUGCGAUACUUAUCUGUGUUGCAUGAGCUUACCUUAACUGUCUGCUCGAAAAAUGUUUUUGCAAAUUCAAAUUCUCAUCCCCACAAAAUAUUGGGUAAAUGUUUUCAUAUGUUUAGAGUAAAUAUCAACCCAGCUUGUUGACUAUUUAUAGGAGAAUUAUUGACCACUCUAAAUGAAGCCUCCCAGUUAUUGAUAACUAUUAUAUUUCAGUGGAUAUACUUAUCUGACUUGUUGGUACUGAAAAUCCUGAAUCCAACAACGUAUAGUGAACACGCAAAGACUUCUGAUAUAGAUUCAUUUGACCAUAAAAAUAAUUUAUGAAUACACCGUUUUUCAUAUGAUUUCUUUACAACCAGAUUUGCAUAAUUUAAUUUUGUGAACACAUUUACAAUAUCAUGCAGCUAGUCAUUUCUUCUCAAGGCAUGUUUACUUGUCACAGAUCUUUGGAGAAAAUCACCUCAUAUGUCAUUUGCACUCCAAUCAAUUAAGUCAUUGCUCGCCCUACCAAUUUAUAUAUAUAUAUAUAUAUAUAUAUAUAUAUAUAUAUAUAUCCAUAGUGUCUAGUUUUAUAGUUGAUUUGGCCUAGUAAUAGUUUUCUAUGUUUCUAACUCUUUCAGCUGAUUUUUUUCAACACAAUGGACAAGAUUUCGACUUCAUUAAUAAUCCAAUAAACCGUUAUCAACAAAAUGAAGAUUAUAUAUAUAAUUUAAUCUUAAGAAUUGUUUACAUAGUCUGAAUAGUCAGAAUGCUUUUAAAAAGUUCAAGUUUUGUUUUUUGGAGUGGUGGCUUAUUGGUUAAAGUAUUCGAUUUUCAGUCGCUAGUUCAGUUUACGCAACUGGCUAAAGCACAAUUCAAACGUCGAAGUACAGCGAAUCAAGUUGAAAUUCAUGUUCCAGUUCCGUCAGAUGUUGACUCACCAAGAUUUAAAACAACAAUGGGUAGUGCGAAGUAUGUUCCCGAGACAAACGUUGUUGUUUGGACAAUACGCAGCUUUCCCGGUGGUAAAGAAUACAUAUUAAGAGCCAGUUUUGGUUUGCCUUCUGUGGAAGGGGGUCAAGAUGUGGAGUCUAGACCACCAAUAACUGUGAAAUUCGAAAUACCAUAUUUCACUGUGUCUGGUUUACAGGUUUGUGAUGGUAUCUUUCUUACAUAGAAGUACUCUAAUGACAUUAUAAAUAAUUAUUUUUAUCCCUCUCUAGACUAAAAAAAUUUAUCUGUAUACUCAGUGCAAAGUAAGCAGAAUAAGUUUAUAUCUUGUGUUUGAAAUCCAACCAUCCAGAUAAUCCCUAAGCCACAACUCUUAGGUCACUGACCACUACGGUGCUUGUUACAUAUUAGACUGAAGGAACUAUCUAUAAAUAAUUGUUAUGUUAAGGCUGUCAGAUGUAUCCUUUGCCUGUUUAAAACAUGGUGAUAUCAUAUGGGUCCACUCUCGAUGAGUCCCACAUUAGGGCGAAACACCUUUUCAGUACUUUUUGGCUUUUAAUGAUACGUAAUUGAUGUCAGUUCCUUCAACAAAACUGAUAUUAUUGAGUUUAAAAUAGACUGGUGAACAGUUUCACAGAAGCAUUCUGUUUUUCAAAUUUGAAACCUAGAUUACUUUUAAUUCAACUGACUCAGUGUAAUCAUCUCUCCUUGAACUCGGUUGGUUUUUUGCGCUUGUAUAUAGUUCUUGAAAGGUAACUGGUCCAUUAAAAUAUUUACUGUUUUAUGGAAUAACUACUCAUUAGUAAUAGGAUGUUUAAAAUCUCAAUAAUUACUUAUGAACAAACUACUGAAAUAAUAUUGCGAGUUAACUGAAUUUGGAGAUGCGAACCAUUAGCUACGAACUAAGUCAUAGUCUUAAAGUAGUGCUCUCACCUCUAAACAUGGCUUUCCUCGGUUCGACCCCUGGCAUUGCCGCAAGCAUCUAGUCCUGAGGAGUGCUUCCUGACUAUUAAUGACUGAUUAAGUGGAGCCCGUUGAUGUUUUAAACUAUUUCUAAGUUUGCAAGCUGCAUUUAUUGCAUAUCGAUCUCAGUUGGCAUACCACUGAAAGUCAAAGAGCUAUCAGGCAGCUAUUUUAUGUUAGUGUGGGGUGAGAUCACUAAUGCUUCCACACAAUCUAUCCAGACGUCGAACCCAGGACCUUCAUGUCUCGUGGUGAACACUUAAGCACUAGAACCGUCGGUUCGAUAUCCAAUGGCACAAUUUAAACUUCAAUCGAUUAGCGAUAUAGCCCAUUGAUGACUUCUGAGUAAUUUCAUGCUAGUAGGAAAGAGAUACCCAGUACUCUCUAGUUUCCAAUGGUACCCAAUCUGAAAUCAACAUUUGAUCAAUUCAAAAGUCAUUUAAAAUGAUGGAUUUCGUCAUAUGUGUUCGAUUUUUUCCAUAAAAUUGUUAUCUGUUACGGGACUGGACUCUGAAGAGGUGACUUACAUGAAGUCGCAAAAUGUCAUCGGGAUAUAUUAUUAUUAUCAUGAUUGUUAUUAUUAUUAUUUAGGUUCAUCACUUAAAAAUUAUUGAAAAAUCUGGUUAUCACGCACUUCCAUGGGUACGUUAUAUUACACAAAACGGUGAUUAUCAAUUACGUACUUUAUAAAGCAUGAGCACAACAAUCAACAUGAAGAUACAAUGUUAUUUUGUAUCAUUUCUAAUUCUUUUUCUCUAUUUCUCUUAAAUUUCUCUCUUUAACUACAACUACUUCCGGUCAUUUGAGUAGCAAAAUUAUCGUUUUAUCAAUUUUUCUUUCUGUUUUAAUAUGUGAGAUCUACUUUCAUCUCAUUUUAACUUUUUACUUCAUUCGUUCCAUUUUCAACAAGUUUAUUUUGAGUGGUGACGACAAAAACAACAACAACAAACAAUACAUCUAUCCAUCUUGUAUAAUUUUACAAAUAAUCUUACUAUUUUGAAAUUCAAUCAGUUGAACCAUAAUUUACCACAUGGCUGUGAAUAAUCUCUUAUGCACUACUACUACUCUAAGACUACAACUAUCCCCGUAUUUUUUAUGAAACAUGUUUAUAUACAUGAUAAUAUUGUUAUUACAUUCUUAUCAGUUUCUAUAUUUGGAUUAUGAUUUAAACGGGGAAAAUUUGUCACAGCUUUUAAUACAUGCACCUAUCCGUUUUUUGUUCUAGUUAUUUAUCUGGUUUCUUUUUGAGAAUGAGGGUGGGGCGGUGAAAGGCGUUUAAUGUGAGAUUGAUAUGUGUCGCUUUAUUAUCGGUGUAUAUUAUGAACUUCCUUUUUUGAAUACUUAUACUAUUUAAUAUACUUUUUGGUUAUUUUAAAUCAUUACAUUGGUUGCUGUAUAUCCAUCACUCUUCAUGUGUGUAUGAUUAGCAGAGAUGUUUCCACUGAGCUACGUCGACCAUGACCGAGAUGUACCUACAAUUGAUUGAUUAUUCAAUCGUAGCCAGAACCACUUAUGUCAAGUUCUAAUAGUGUUGGUUGAACUCUAUUGGUCAAGUUGCCAGUGUCUCUUCAAAAUAAUGUAGAAAUACGGCAUAGGGUACUAGAUAAAUAGGGCAAAGUGACUAAUGUGACUGUGAACCUUCGUGGACAUGUGUUGUUUCUAACUCAAACCACCUGGCAUAGGGUGGGAGCAAGUAAGGAGAAAGCUAUGAAAAAUCGGACCCAAACAUUUCAGUGUUUGUCAGACUGAUCCAUGUCAGGUGCAGACUACUUGUUUGGGAUCAAUUUGGCUAUAGUGACCAAUGGGUAGUGAUGGGUCACAAUGCUCAAAAUUUGUCGCAUACGAAGAGAAUAUAACAUUUAAAAAAUGAGAAUUCACCGUUUGAGAAGAAUGUUCAUAAACUGUAUUGAUUGAAUAUAUGUCACAUGUUAACAAUAAUGUGACGCUUUUGAUCCUAACAGAUAGCACAAUCAGAGGUGAUAGCAUUUUCGGGCACAAAGUUAUUACCUGAAUGUACAAAAGAAUAGUUAUCAAUCAUGUAAUCAUGAAGAUGUUUCUGGUAGGAAGACGUAAGCAUGCUGAGAAAAAUAGCACCACUACAACGUGCUUUCCAAUAUUUAGGGUCCAGUGUGUUCUUAGUAAGAGAACUGAAAGUCAUCCUUAUCAAUCAAUAAUUUAAUACAGGCUGAUUCCAGCCAGUUACACUACAAGCCACUCGUUAUCAUGGCGGGACGAUAACUUAUAGAUGAACCAAUCAGAUGGAGAAUCUUGACACGACGUUUGUUUAUCCAUAUGGCUAACCAGCAUUUUGACAUUAUAGUGAAUGCCAAUUCGUGAUGAAAAUAUCAAUUCUAGUUCCUAAUCCCUUACACUAAUUUGUAACCCUAUCUUGGAUCUAAUAAAUGCGUAGAGUUGCUCAAGAUCACUUCCGAGUCCCUAUAAAAGUCGUCCAUAAAUCAUAGUCUUGCCGAUCUAUCGUCACAUAUAAGCUCAUUUCUAUUCUAGUAUUCAUUGGUAGUUAAAAAGCUUUUAAUCAAUAAAUUACCGAUUAUAUAUUUAUAUGAUCUUGUUUUUUUUUACUUCGAAAUAAGAUAAAAUCUAGAAUAAUUAAAAUGUAAGAUUCCUUCAAAAGUUUGUCUGUUAAGUGGUUAGAAAAUAACAUUCAUCUGGUUAGUGACUUAAGUUUAAUCUGAUGUUACCAAAAAGAAUGAAUUAUUUUCACUUCAAAACUACUCAAAUGACCUUAAAACUAAAUUUUACUUCAAACACGACUGUUAUUACAUUUAGUGAAUAGUUAAUUUCCGUAUAAUCAAUAAUUUCAGUGUAAAACAUUAUAUGUAUAUAUGUAGAACACUAUAAAAUCGAUCUGAUCGACACUAAG